AUGACUGACGACAACAGACCCCGCACCCCGACCGAAGAAGAGAUUGCCGCCGUCCUCGCCGACGCCCGCGCCAACGACCCCAGCGGCUAUUCCUACUCAGCCUAUUACUACUCCGGCAUCAGCGAUGAGCCCGAAGCCGAAGCUAAUACGCGCGCUAGAGGUCCCUCAGAUCCAGUAGCUAUCCCCAAUAAUCUUCCCGAUAUCUUUCAUGCGCCUGAGGAUUUUGAGGGCGGGGAUGUAGCGAUGUACCAUCACACGGAAGACAACACAUGGCGGGCCUACCCGCCUGCGGGAGAAGCGGAUAUCACGGAGCUACCGGAACUUGAAAGGGUAUCUGGGGAGUUGCCUGAGGUGACCAUGAGGAGGAAAAGAGAUCGCUUGAGAGCACGGGGAAUCAGAAUAAUCAAGAGAGUGAAGCAUCGGAACGUUGUGCCGGAAGGGGCGCCUCCGAAGGUGAGUACGUUAAGAAGAAUCGGGAGGAGGUUGACGAUGCGUAGUUUGAAGUUAGAUGGUGGUCUUGAGUGGAACUAG